AUGUCGACUCUGAGGGAUACUCCCAAGUUGGCCAAUUACGUUUUGAACACGCUCUCCAAAUUAAUCGAAUCUGACACGGAAAUCUCGACCAUCGACCUUAACCUUUUAGAGAAUCUCAAUACAAAUCAAUCAUUAAACUACAUAAAACUCGAACAGAACCUUAAUGUUUUGGACAAAAACGCCCACAAAUUGGAACAAUUACAGACUGAGUUUUCGUGCUACAGACAGAUAUUAGAUGAUAUAGAGACAAAAAUAACGAAGAUUGACAAGAUAGCUAAGGAGCUUGAUUUGUGGUCUAAGGAGUUGGAGGAAAAGGUUAAGACAAAGAAGUGA